AUGCGCCAAUUUGCUAAUAAUGUUAAUGGCCCUUGGUGCAUUGGUGGAGACUUUAAUAUUAUUUCUAAUGCUUCGGAAAGGAGAGGAGGUAAUUUGCCUAAUUCUAAUGCUAUGGAAGAUUUUAAUUCUGUUAUUUCUGAUUGUUCCUUGACUGACAUUGGCUUUAGUGGUAAUCCUUUUACUUGGAAUCGUGCUACUAUUUGGCAGCGUCUUGAUAGAAUUAUGUUUAAUAAUGAGUGGAUGUCUACUUUUACCAUGACCUCUGUUGAUCAUCUUAGUAAAAUGUUGUCUGAUCAUUGUCCAUUACUGGUUACUAUUAAUGCUAAUAGUAGAGUUGGCAAUACUUCUUUCAGAUUUCAAAAUAUGUGGCUCAGUCAUCAGGACUUCAAAAAUGUUAUUAGUAUAAACUGGAAUGCGCCUUUAUUUCCUAAUAAUGACAUCAAGG